GAAGAAAGAAAAAGCCGCGGAGAGAAUCAACAGCACUCUUUCAUCUCCUCUCAAAACUCUAUUCUCUUCUCUUGUUCCUUGAUGGAAAUUAAAGCAAGAUAGAAAAAAAAAAAAUUUGGAUGGAGGCCAUGUACGACCAUCCCACGGCGGAGCCGAUGUCACCGGAUGGUCUCUCCUCCGCCGAUGACCUCCACGGCCUCCUCGCUGCCGCCACCGGCUUGCCCAGAUACGCUGCCGCCGCUGAGAGAGAGGAGAUGAAAGCCAGGAUCGCUUCUCAUCCCACUUAUCCUCGCCUUCUCCAAGCUUAUAUAGACUGUCAAAAGGUUGGAGCACCACCGACGAUCGCAUCGUUGCUGGAUGAGAUCCAGAAGGAGAACGAGUCGUCGAGACGGGGAGGAGUGUCGAGUGUGGUGGGGGCGGAUCCCGAGCUGGAUGAGUUCAUGGAGACCUAUUGCGAGGUUUUGGUGAAGUAUCGAUCGGACUUAGCUCGGCCUUUUGAUGAGGCUACCACCUUUCUUAAUACCAUUGAGAUGCAGCUCUCUGACCUUUGCAAGCCCUCUUCCAGAACUAUCUCUGAUGAUGUCGCGGGGUCAUCUGAGGAAGAACAAAGUGGAGGAGAGGUAGAGAUUCAAGAAUCUCAUUUUAGAGGUGAAGAUAAGGAACUCAAGGACAAGCUUUUGCGCAAAUACAGUGGUUAUUUGAGUAGCUUGAGGGAAGAGUUCUCAAAGAAGAAAAAGAAAGGAAAGCUACCAAAGGAAGCGCGACAAAUAUUGUUAGAUUGGUGGACUGCUCACUAUAAAUGGCCAUAUCCAACUGAGGCAGAUAAAAUAUCACUAGCAGAGUCAACAGGGUUGGAUCAGAAGCAGAUAAAUAACUGGUUCAUAAACCAAAGAAAGCGGCAUUGGAAGCCUACAGAAAACAUGCAGUUUCGCCGUAAUGGACAGCCUCUCUACACCAUUUUAUUUGGAUGACUGAGGUUGCUGCAAGAUGGUGUGCAGAUGCAUGUACAUUGUCGGCAUGAGUAGCCUAGUCUGACAAUCUGACUCCCCCCAAGUCCAAUAUUUGAAAUUAGAUCGUGAUCGCCGAAAUCACAUAAAUAUAUAUGUGUACCAUGUUUAUUAAGUUUUCGUUCAUAAUUAAACUGGUCUUUUGCCUGUGGAGCUAUGGAGGCUGCAGUGAGGGAUGACAACAUAUAACCAGUUGCCAACCCUAUUUUGCUGUGUAAAUUCUUUAAGCAGACAAAAAAAAAUGUGAUAAACUUGUAUUAUUUAAUCUUGUUCCAGUUCACUAACUGAUUUGUCUCU